GAAAUCAGCAGGAAAAACAACACGUGGGGGAAUCACCGAUGUUUCGCUAGAAAAUUGUCGAAAAAAUCAUUUAAAAUAUUGUUCGAGGGCAGCGAAGGGUGGUGAGUAGUUUAUAUCGAUGCAGAGCUCGUCCGAGAAGUCAAAAUUUGGCUCCGAUCGCUCGCCGAUGUCGGAAAAACAUGAUCAAAGUCCUCGUAGGUCAGGCAACAGCAACGAGAGAGAAACUGAACGAAGAGGAUGGCAGACUACAUUUGACGUUUAUGUGGGCAGAAUCCCGUCAGAUUGGACGAAGGAGAAACUAAUGGAAAUUUUUCAACCCUUCGGUGAAAUUAAAUCAGUAGAUUUAAGGAAUAGCCCAGAGAAUUUAAACAGACUACAGUUUGCUUUUGUAAGAUAUCCACAAGAGGAGAUGGCAAAAUGUGCAGUUGAUGCCUUGGCUCAUAAUCCUGUUGAAAAUGUUAGCUUGCAGAUAAAUAUUGCUCAAAGAAACAGAUACAAACAAGAAAGGCAAGGCAGGUCAGACUUUGGUCAGCCUCGAGGCAAAAUGUAUUCUGAACACAAGCGAGUGAAUGAUUCAGAUUGCAGACGACCUCGGACAAGGCCGUUUGGUAGUGGUGAAACUUCAGAUUAUGGAGGUGGUUAUGGAAACUCAUCACAUCCUCAAAAGAAGGAAUGGAGUUCUGACCGACAGAGAAGUCGUGAGGAACAGGAAAAAGUGAUUUUAGUCACAGAAGUCGAUUCACCAGUCAGAUUUUGGGGUCAGAUUGCCAAGCCAACCGUUGCACAUAAUUUGUCAACUGCAAGUGAUGAACUACAGUUUUAUUGCCCCACAGGCCUGAAGGUUGCUGACAUCAACUCCCUUCAGAAGAAUAAGAUUUAUGGUGGAAUGUACCCUGUUGAUAAUCUUUGGUAUAGAUGUUCGGUUAUCAAGUUUCUUUCACAGGGGAUGGUAACUGUGAGGUACAUUGAUUUUGGCAACACAGAAACAAUUAAAAAGGAAACCUUAGUUGAGUUGCCACCCUCAUUGGCUGACGUCCGACCAUUUGCACAACUUUAUCAUCUCGCAGACUGUGCUGUGUCCAGUGAUCCCGAGGCAAACGAGAUGACAUACGCAUUGGGAAUUGAGCAAUUGAAAAAUCUUAUCAUUGGGCAACUUGUGAGUGUCAAAUUUAUUUCGGAAAACACGCAUGGAGGGGUGAAUGUUCUGGUCUCUUAUCCGGGGAAGGCGGGAAAAAGUAUUAAUGAAAUCAUGAGGGAUCGGGGGUGCGUUCAGGACAUGUAUAAGCCGCGCAGUGACAAAGGGAGAAUAGAGAAGAGUGUGGCCGAGAAGCCGCUGAACGAGAAUAACAAGGACUCAAGUCCAGAGAAGCCAAACAAGGACAAGCAAGACCAUAAACAAGAGUUAAACGGCCUUAAGUUAACAGUCAAGUUCCAAGCCGAAACUAUUUGUAAUUUGAACAAGCUUUUUGAAACUGUGAAACAGCAGAACGAUGAUCUGUGUUUGCAACUGGACAAAUGUAUCAAGAUGAAAACAAUAAUAACAUCGAUGACAGAUUUGCAACAGUCAAGUUGUAUACCUUGCCUGUAUAAGGAGAUUUUAUGCUUUUCGAUGAAAAACUUGGUACAAGAAUCUAUAAGAACGUGCGACGGCAAGGAUAAACUGAAAGAAAUUGUCGAAAGUCGAAACAGCGAAAGACAAGAACUGUUUGAAAAUACAAAGAGCUUUCUGGGAGAAUUCGAAUCCUUGAAUAUCACCGACCGCGGGCAAAAACUCGAGGAAGCCCUGAAAAAGCUGAGUGUGUUUCAUCACCGAUAUGAUGGAGAUGAGUCGCUCGAUGAAGCUGUGAAGAAUUACAAAGACUGGAAGGAAAAGGAAGCAAAAUCCGAUGGGAUAUCUGCGCGACAAACAACAGAUGAUAUCUCAAGAAAACUUUCGGAGGAAUUUAUGAAACUAGGAAAGAUGUUAGAUCCUGAUGAUGAUUUUAGCAUAGAUGAUUAUGAGACUACUGAUGUGAACUCAAUUGCGAAGCAGUUGAGUGAAGCUGUCGCUGAAGAGGUUAGCGAAAAUCAGGAAGGUGAUGAUAAUGCAGAGGAAAUCAAAGUUCUCGCGGCAUUGAUAAAAUGUCUCAAGAAUGAACUACAACAAGAAAUUGCUGUUGUUAAGCAACUGAGGUCACGUGCCGACGAGUGCGCGAGAAUUCAGGACGACUUAGAGACAUCGUUGAACAGGGAACCAGACAUCUCAAAAAUACUCGAAAUUCGCAAGAAUUUAAAGAGUGUAAAAUCAAAAUUCCGACACAAAUUGGCCGACAAAAAAGACUUGGAAGAGAGUGAUGAAGUCGUGGAUAAUGAAGAACUUAAACAGGUGGAGAAUGAUCUCAAUGAUUUACGGCUGCAGCUACACGGACUUCUUGUUGACGAAAAGCUUGCUUUGGGAGAACUUGCCGAAGUCGCCGUUGAAAAUUUCCCAGAAUUACCCGUGCAAUAUCCUGAGUUUGGUCUGCAGAAAUUUAUCGCAAGCAACGGUCUUGUUAAACAAGGCUGGGAACUAACUUACUACUGGCAUGGCGAGAUGGAAAACGUGAUGGCGUCAUCGCAACUGGGGCUCGCGUUUGUCACGAUGUUCAAUGGAGAAAAGUGUUUACUCAAGGAAUUCAGCUUUGAGGAUGUAGUUGAUACCGACUUAUUCGAGACACAGGCCGCCGCUUUCAGUCGAGUCGAGCAUUCAAGUUUGAUGAAAGUCGAAGCUAUAUUUUAUGAUAAGACGCACAGGAAAGCAUUUAUUCAGCUUCCUUAUUACGAAACAAGCCUACGAAAAUGGUUAGAAGGCAAACCUUCUAAUAAGGCAAAGCGUGACGUCAUUUGUGACAUCGUACGUGUUUUGUUCGAGCUGCACAAGGCCGGCAUUACCCACGGCUCAGUUGUGAUUGAUAAUAUUUAUGUGGACAAUAACGACAGAGGGAUCUUGGGCGAAUAUUGUUUCAUCCGCGAUACGCAACAACGCGUAUCUUCGACCGCGGAAUUGUUGCUACAAAACUCAGCUCCAGUCUCCUGUGAAGCAUCCCCGGUGUUCGAUAUGUUUUGCCUUGGCGACAUCGCUUGGGUGAUAUUUCUGGGCGAUGAAGUUGUGCCAAGGGACCUAACAUCGUUACAGACACAUUCACAGAGCAAAGCGGUAUCAUUCAUGCUGACCAAUCUCCUGGCCCUAAAUGGUGGCACCCGACCAACAGUCGGCCAGUUUGUGAAGCAUCCUUCUUUACUGACGACAACUAUUUUGACAUUAUGGACCAAACCGCACCACAUUCUCCAGACCAAGUCACCCCUGACGAAUCUGGAGAAAAUUACCCCAGCGGAAAUAAAUGCCACCGCGGAGGAAAAUGCAUUACCGGCACAAAAUACCCAAUCAGAAGUCGAUACCCCAACGGAAAAUAUUCCCAUGCCGAAAGUUAAUUUUCCAUUAGAUUAUGAUGAUGCAUUAUCAGAGGUUAACACCACAUCGGAAUUAGGCAUCUCAUCAGAAGAAACGUGCCCUCCAGUAAUUCGUCCCCUGUCAGACGAAGAUACCACGACAGAUACAGUCGUACCGGAUGAAAAGCCCUCGUUGGAAGAAGCCUUGCCGGAAGAAUAUGCAGUCACACAGCGCAAACCACUAUUAGAUGAAAAUGGUUUAAAGAUUACCGCCGCGCUUAAUGGAAGAAUAUCAGAUGGGAAUAUGAAUGGAGAAACUGACCAACAAAACUCGCCCGAAAACUGGGAGGUGUGCUGA